AUUAACGCGCUCGUUGGCGCCGUGACGCAGCCGCGCGGUGACGCCCGAGCGCGCAGGAACCGAGCGGAGCAGCCGCCGCCAUGUGCGAUUUCUCGGAGGAGCAGACCGCGGAGUUCAAGGAGGCGUUCCAGCUCUUUGACCGCACGGGCGAUGGGAAGAUCCUGUACAGCCAGUGCGGGGACGUGAUGCGGGCGCUGGGCCAGAACCCCACCAACGCCGAGGUCAUGAAGGUGCUGGGCAACCCCAAGAGCGAUGAGAUGAACGUGAAGACGCUGAGCUUCGAGCAGUUCCUGCCCAUGAUGCAGACCAUCGCCAAGAACAAGGACCAGGGCUGCUUCGAGGAUUACGUGGAGGGGCUGAGGGUGUUCGACAAGGAGGGCAACGGCACCGUCAUGGGGGCUGAGAUUCGCCACGUCCUCGUCACCCUGGGUGAGAAGAUGACGGAGGAGGAGGUGGAGCAGCUCGUGGCCGGACACGAGGACAGCAACGGCUGCAUCAACUACGAGGCCUUUGUGCGACACAUCUUGUCAGGGUGACGCCGCAGGGAGCUGGUCCGGAUGGUGCUGAGCGGCUGAAGACCCCUCCCCAUUAUUCUGUGCCCCUUCCUCAUUAUUCUGUGCCCCCUCCUCAUUAUUCUGUGCCCCUUCCUCAUUAUUCUGUGCCCCCUCCCCAUUAUUCUGUGCCCCCUCCCCAUUAUUCUGUGCCCCCUCCCCAUUAUUCUGUGCCCCUUCCCCAUCAUUCUGUGCCCCCUCCCCAUCAUUCUCUGUCCCCUUCUCAUUAUUCUGUGCCCCCUCCCCAUUAUUCUGUGCCCCUUCCUCAUCAUUCUGUGACCACUCCCCAGCAUUCUCUGUCCCCUUCUCAUCAUUCUGUGCCCCCUCCCCAUUAUUCUGUGCCCCCUCCCCAUCAUUCUGUGUCCCCUCCCCAUCAUUCUGUGCCCCCUCCUCAUCCUCUGCCCCCUCCUCACUCAAUUUUGUGCCUUUUUCCCUCAUUUUUCACGUCCCCAAAGCCCCCCCACUCAGCCCCACCGGCUAAAUUAUUGCUCCACAGCAUCAAUAAAGUCUCAGAAUUGUCA